AUGCCAGAGGACAUCAUUAUUGUUUGUCCAUACAAUGCCCAAGUGGUCAUGAUCAGGUCCACCUUGGCUGCAGAUCCCACAAUGCGUGGAAUACGCACAGGAUCAGUCGAUCUUUUCCAAGGGCAGGAGGCUGCAGUGGCGCUUAUAUCGCUGGGUGCAAGUUGUGGGCGCUUGGCGUUCGUUCUGGAUCCCAACAGGACCAACGUGGCGCUAUCACGUGCGCGAGCGCUGGCUGUGGUGGUUGGCAGUCCUGCCUUGAGUGAGUGCCAGGUGGAGACUGUAGAAGAGUUGUCACUGCAAAGUCGCUACAUGAACUGGUUGCGGCAAGCUUUCACGCAAAGCACGCGUACAAGUUGA